AUGUAUGCCUUCUACUCAUUGCUCAUCUACAUCUUCUACAGCCUUUUCCGUAGAGAUGGCGGAGCCCCGGCGGCCGCAGACCCGGAGGAUUCCACCCAGAGUGCCCGCUGCCAUACCAAAGGCCGUCGCCGCCCCAGCCAGCCCACGCCCCACCUGUGGACCGAGCUGACCGACCUGGCCGGCCCUGCGGGUUGCUCCGAGUCCGAGGAUGGGCUGGCAGGGGCAGCCGAGGGCCGUCCGCCCGAGGUCUCCCUGGAAGAGGCUCUGACGCGACUUGCUGAGUUCCUCUCGGUCCACCUGGGGGCGGAAGAGGGCUGCGGAAACCCUCCCGAUGUGGGCAAGCCCGUUGAGGCCACCCCACUGUUGACAGUGACCAGUCAGCUAUUGGCGCUCCUGGCAUGGAUUCGGAGCCCCAGGGGGCGGCAGGCUCUGCUCCAGGGGAUCCAGCCAGUCUCCCGGGUGCAGCCCUCCACUCCACAUGGACCUACGUCUGGAGAAGAAAGCCCUUCACACCCCACCCCAGCUCCUGAGGAGGUGUAUAGGGGUGAGGUCCCAGGACACCAGUCCCCUCAGUUGGAGGAGGAGCAGAGGACUUGGCAUCGGUUGGAGCAGCUCAUCCUGGGACAGUUGGAAGAGCUGAAGCUACAGCUCGAACAGCAAGAGGAGGAGCUGGGACGGCUGCGUCUGGGAGUGGGGGCGACAGAUUCGGAGAAGAGGGUUCAGCAUCUUACUCUGGAGAACGAGGCCCUGAAACAGAGUCUGAGCCUGAUGCAGGACCUCCUACUGCGUUGGGGGCCCGGUCCCCCAUCCAGAGACACUCAGGGGGAAGCUGAGGCCUUGGUGGAGCUCCAGAGCCGUCUUCAGGAGGCCCAAGACACCACGGAAGCCCUGCGAGUUCAGCUGGGGGUUCAGGAGGUCCAGCUGCAGGGCCUCCAGGGGGCCUUUGGGCAGCUCCAGCAGGAGACAGAGCAGAACUGUAGGCGCGAGCUGCAGCAGGUGCGAGAGCAGCUGGCAGGACUCCGGGCACGCAUGGUCAGCCUGCGUCAGGGCUGUGGAGACCUCCGUGGGCUGGUCAGCACCUUCACCCAGAGCUGCCAGGGCUCUCUGAGUGAGGCCCGGGGCCAGGUAUCCUGGGCCUUGGGGGCGCUGUCAGGCGAAGGCACGGGGACUCAACUCCCUGAGGAGCAGCAAAGGCCCUCAAUGGGGUGCCCAGGGAGGCUACUGGAACUCAAGGGGAAUAUCCGAGUAUUGUGCAGACUGAGGCCAGGGGCCCCCUGUGGCCUGGUGAGCACAGAGCCAGGACCUGGGGGCACCGUCACCACCUGCUAUCGAGGACGCCAGCGGCGCUUCCGUCUGGACUGGGUCUUCCCUCCAGACGCCAGCCAGGAGGAGGUAUUCCAAGAGCUCCAGCCGGCAGUGUUGUCCUGCCUCCGAGGGUACAGUGUCUGCAUUUUCACCUACGGGCAGACGGGAACCGGGAAGACCUACAGUAUGGAGGGCCCACCUGAGGACCCUGGCAUUGCUCCUAGAGCGCUGCAGUCGUUAUUCCAGGAGAUGGGGCCUGGAGGGCAGCACCGAGUGACCCUCAGCAUGGUGGAGAUCUACAAUGAGGCUGUCAGGGACCUCCUGGCCCCAGGGCCUCCGGAGCGGCUGGCAGUGAGGCAGGGCCCAACAGGUCACAGGGAAAUCCAGGUGGCUGGCCUUACCCACUGGGAUGUGCCGAAUCUGGAGACAUUGCACCAGAUGCUGAGCCUGGGGAGGAGCAACAGGGCCACGGCAGCCACAGCCAUGAACCAGCACAGCUCCCGCUCCCAUGCCCUGGUCACGCUGACUUUGCGCGCGGCGUCCCCACGGCUCGGUUCGGGCACGACAGGCACGCUGCACCUAGUGGACCUGGCAGGAUCGGAGCGGGCAUGGAAGGCGGGGGCGGACAGUGCGCCCGCGGGAGACAAGGACCGUGCUCAGCGGCUGCGGGAGGCCCGGACCAUCAACCGCUCGCUGCUGGCGCUGGGAAGCGUUAUGGCCGCGCUGCGUGCUCGCCGACCCCACGUGCCCUUCCGUGACUCGCAGCUCACUCGCCUCUUGCAGCCCGCGCUCGCGCCGGGCGCCACCGUAGUAUUGUUACUGCAGAUCUCCACGCGGCCGGGGGACCUGGGGGAGACCGUCUGCUCCCUCAAAUUCGCCGAGAGGGUGGGCAAAGUGGAGCUGGGGCCAGCCCGGCGCCGCAGACCCCCACGCUCUGGGACGCCCUCCUCCCUCAGCACCGACACCCAGCUCACCGAGACUCCCUGCACUCCCACGCCGUCCCCUGGCAGCCCUCCAAGCCCCCGCCGCGAUAGCGGCUCUGGUUCGACACUUGUUUCCCCUGAGGGCCUGCCACCGUAA